GUAGUACUCCGCCGGGAGUACUACGUAUAACACUAACUUUGAAAUGAACGAUACCUGGAUUUUAGUCCGACCGAUCGUGCUUCAUUUUCCCCAAAGUAUAAUUAGAUCCAAGUAAUUUGAUGAGAAGGUGGUUUUUAGAAUAGAAGAGAGAGCUUUGGCGAUUCUUCAAUGGCUGACAGAGAAAAGCCAUUGAGGAAGAUGGCUGAGGCCUUCCUAGACCUUUCAAAAUCCAUCAGUUCCCAAUCUGCUGAAGAAUCGCACCAGCAACUCGAAGUGGCCGCAUUCUCUCGCGCCUGCUCUCUUGUCUCCCCUCUCUUCGCCUGUUUGGGCAUCGCCUUCAAGUUCGCUAAGCUUGACUAUGUCACCAAGGUUGAUGAUCUAGUUGAGGCAUCAAAGUCAAUUGCAACACUAAGAGUAAUGAUAGACUUAGACAUUGAAGCAAACUGCGUGAGAAGCGUUGGCAGUCAUACAAGGAAUCUGCUAAGGGUGAAGCGCGGAAUUGAUAUGGUGAAAGUUUUGUUUGAUCAAAUUAUGGCAUCUGGAGAAAAUUCUCUCAAGGGUCCAGCUUCAACUGCAUAUGCACAGGUGUUUGCUCCUCAUCAUAAACGGAUAAUAAAGUUAGCUGUAGCUGCUGGAAUGUAUGCACUUCCUACGAAGGAUGAGCUGUUAAAAAAACUCAAUGAAGAUGAUGAAGAGUCAGCAAUGAUACACAUGAGAAGUUAUGUUGCAUCGUCAGCUCCGGUCAUCGAGUACAUCGACAACCUUUUCCUUUCAAAAGGUUUGGAUAUAAACUGGUAAAACAAAGGAACUCUUCUCAUAUAUCACAAGAUCAUCAUCUUCAGUGUUGCACGUGUAACUCCUGUAGUAGUAAUUAAAUACUGCACACUUUGUUCAUCUGUUGGGGGUCUUGUGUGGUCAAUACCUUCAAACAACGUAUAGUUUAUAGUUAUUCAUGUAAAAUCUUUGUAAUAACAAGAGAAGGUUGUCAAUUGUUCUUUGAUCAUUCACAUUCUUCAUGCUUAGGCUGGAACUUACGAAAUACUCCGAUUAAUUUAUGCCUAUGUUGAGUGGACACAUUUACAGCUAUUAUUACAGGAUACGCUGACAUGAGUAGUACUGCAAUGUAUACUUUUUCUUAACAGAAUACUCCGUAAUAAAAAUAUCCAUGGCUCUCUGCAUCCAUGCA